AUGCCGCCGGGACCUCGUUUUACAUCUCUGCCUUUUAUCGGUAAUAUGUUAAGCUUAGAUUCUGGAGAAAGCUUUGGUGAAAUCACUGUGUGCCUUUACCAGUAUCACUGCCGCCUAUAAAAGCAAGCUUAAAACAGCAGAAAUCGCCAGAAACUACAACGGACACACAGGAUAUGAGUAAGUUUUAUUGAUUUUACCUGUAAAAUAUUCAUAUUUCGAAAUAUUUAUCGUUGCAGACUGACCAUAUUUCGUUCCCCAUGCUAUUCCUUUUAACGUGUUCAAAUUUUCAACGGUUCCUCUCGUAACUUAACACCGAGUCACACAACGCGUGACGCGUUCAUGAAUUGAACGUUGGCUUUUUCUCGAGACUAAAAGCUUGGGCCACCUGUGAUAAAGUGUGUACUAACUAAGCGUUUCGAAACUAACAACUAAAAAGUACGAGCUCAGGACUUAUUUCAAAGAGGAAGAUCAGUGUUUUGUUUUCACUUGUCUCUUUUAUCUUCCAAUUAGAGGAAAUGAAUAUUAUGUUUUCAGAUGCCUUUUGUCCUUGCUCAUUCAGUGAAAGGAAAUUUGCUUCUUGUUUCGCCCCAUUUGUUUGUCUUCUGAGUUGAAAGCUUACGACCCCUCUCAAAACCCUACGAGACCCGUCUAAGAGACGUGACCGACUUAGAAAAUUUCGAUCUAUAAACGCUAACGAGUGUAAGAGCCGUUCAGUGUCGAAGUGAUUCACCUUGGUUAAUAUCUAAUCUGGGGCCGUGUUAUGAGACCACAACACAACUGAACCCGUGCGUGGGUGUGUUUGUCUGUGUUUCCGGUGUUACAUCAAUUAACUUUAAACCUCACAGGAGUUACGUAACCCAGAACUGUCAAGGGAUCUACUAAUAGUCGUUUUCGUUCAAAACCGCGUGUUGUAAUCUUCUUGUAAGUUACACUUUUGUCGUUGUGUAUUAGAAGUCUUUUCUUAAAGUGGAAUCGUUUCGUGUUUGAAGAACACAAUAUUUGUUACUUUGCCGUUUUCUUUGCUGGAGAGUUUCUAAGUGAUCUAUUUUUGCCGAUUGGCGAAUGUGCUACUGGCGAUAGCGUUUUGUAAUGACAUUCUUAGUCGAAACUUUACACUGCUUAGCUCAUAUCGUUCAAGUAAAUAUUCAGUAUAAUACAGCUGUCCGGAAUGAAUGUCAAUGCUUCUUGCAUUCUUCCAUUUUGCAUCUAAAAACAAUAAAUAAGUUCAUUUGUUUACACAAUAUCACUCUGAUAUAGACACAGUGCAGAACGGAUAUAAGACCUUAAGUAUUAUUAAUUUCUCUACUAGAAAAAGUGCUUUGGCCUUCUGGACGGUUUUCAUUCAAAUACAUUCUCGAAAAAUCUGCGCUUUAAAUUCGCAAAUACUAAAUUAAUUCAGAAUUUAGAGAUAAACAAACCUACAAAGCCUAUUUGCCUCACAAUUGACCGUCACGCUAUCUUCUCAUGGCUUGUACUAUUAUCUCGUGACUCCAGGUGACGUCAUGGUAAAUUUGUGUGAACUAUUUGCACUAUCCGUGAUGGAGCUCACAGUUUCGGAGUGCUUUACUUUCGGUAAUAUUUUCUUGGCUAUCGUUUUCUUACUAAUUUUAAAUCAACUGGUUGAACUAUAUCAGUUCAGGAACAUGCCACCAGGACCUCGUCUGACAUCUCUGCCGUUCGUGGGAAAUCUGUUGAGCUUUGAUGACGGAGAUAGCCUUCGCGAUGCUACCAGAAGGUUUGUUUGCACCUAAAACCACUCCAUGUUUAUAUGUUCUAUACCUGAUAGUGAUUUUGUUUUAACACAACGAUUCCCUGUAUCUUAUUGUUGUGAAAUCCUGGCUUUAUGGAUACAAAAUACGGUGCUCCUAUCGCUGCACAUAUAGCUCGCAGAUGGGUGCUAUACAAACAAAGCAAAUUUGCAUGUUAUGUGGCUUCGCUAUGGGCCUUGCUGCACGAUCGAAAAAGGUUGUUUAUCAAGACAAAUUCUCUGUUAUCACCAGCCCUUUUUUGCAAGAGCGGCUAGUUUGUCGCGACUUGACAAAUUUUGGCCGAAGCGGAAAAAUCUUAAAACGCACCGUCGACAAAAUUUGUCACGGGUAAAAGCAGGACAAAAAACGACUAGAUAAACAAAACCGUGAUAACUUGUCGAUCAUAUGUCGUAAAAGCUAUCGCAAUGGAACUGGAAGAGGUGGAUUGCUUUGCCAAACUUUGCUGGCCGGUCUUUUGAACAGAUCCGGCGAUGAUGUAAUUUUACGGCUUUGAAAUUUUUAUUGCAGCUGCCACAAAGGAAACAGAAAAUUUGUUUUGAUUGUUAGUAUUGUGCGUUGCGUGACAUAAACCAUCAACCUUAUGGAAAUUAGAUAAAUUCAACCGUAGGUUGAAAGGAGCCGACUUGAAUAAGCGAAAAUAAAAACCAUAUUUCUAUCGAUUAUGAAGUAUUACUGUGCAAACAAAACCUUUUGAUUAAAUCACCUUUUAUACUGCACUAUGUGAUUUAGGAAACUACAUUUUAACUCUGCAAAUGCAACAAAAUUUUCCUGUAAACACUGUAAAACGGUUAAAUGUGGCCACUGGUACAACACAAUUUUUAUAGCAUUGAAAAGAAUCAGAGGUUGUAUAAUGACGCUAGAAGGCAGUGUUGCAGAAGAUUUGUAUUCACAUGUAAAACAGAAAACCUGCCGCAUGGUAACGUGCUUUCUUUUGGAAUGAUAAAAAAAAUAGCUGAACUUUCUACAAUGUGUAGAUCACACCUAGUUAGCUAUUUCGGCAAGGAAAAGUAUCGUUUUCAAUUUCGCGCCAGAGAUGCUAUCGUGAAAUUUAUCAUCUUUUGUAGUGUCACGGCAAGAACUGAAAAAACAGAGUGUCUCGUACAAUCUUCUGGGCAUGUUUCGCUGAUUUAAACGUGAAAUGCUCUUUCUUCAAAGAUAAAAUUGUUCUCCAAGUUUUCAUGAUGUAUUGAUCACACCGAGGAAAAGUCUGGUGUUCAACGAUCUUGAGAUGAUUGUGAGAUAUUUAAGAAUUAAAUUUUGGUUUUAUUCAGGCAGAAAAUCAUUUCUUCUUCCUUCAACUGCGCCCAAUAAUCUCUAAUGAAAAUGUCGAACUGCGAAGAUACUCCGAAAUAAACAGUAAGUGACAUUGGGUCAAAAUCGGGUAAAGUUCGGCAUUCUAUUGUUACCGUCACUCACUCACUCAUUUCGGCAACAGUCUCCUGUACUUGUGUACAGCAAAUCUAUUCAACAUCGAAUUUAGGGAAGAAAUACCUUUGAACAUACACCCUAACGUUUUUCUUUUGUUUUCUUUAUCGCCUAGCUUGAGAGAAAAGUAUGGUAAAUUGUAUUCCAUGAAGGUGGGGAGUUUUAAAACCGUCGUUGCCGAGGAUGCUGCUUCAGUGAAAGAAGUGUUGGUGAAGAAAUCGGCUGAUUAUGCUGGAAGACCUCCAUUCCAUAGCUUCGUGAUGACCACUCUUGGUAUGUAAUGCAAUGCCGAAUAACAUUUGUCAUUUGUUGUCAACUCAGAGGGCAAUAUAGAAAAUUAUCUGCAAAUUGACUGCCAGUGUGGAGUGGGGGAGCGGGUUGGGUUGGAUGAAGGGGUCAUACGGUCAUACAAACAUUACAGAGUCCUAUGGGGAGAUGAGGUAAACUUUAUUGUCACCUUCAACCCCUCCUACCCCUGCUUCCCCCCUCACCCCUCCCUACGGCGAUAGAUAAUGACCGGUCUCCUAAGAGCUAAAAAAAGCCAUAAAAGUUAUACAUUUUCUUGUACUGCAUUGUAGGCGCAAAGGAUAUCGCAUUUGGAAAUUACGGUCCUGCAUGGAAGUUUCAUCGCAAACUCUUUAUGACGGCGGUGCGGAAGUAUAUCUCGGAUCAAGAGCUGGUUGAAGAAAGAAUCUCCGAGCAAGCAAAGAGGCUUCUGCAGUACUUUGAAGACCAGAAGGAAAAAGGCUUUGACCCAUCACAGAUUUUGAUGGAAAGCGUUGCAAACGUCAUCUGUCGAAUCACGUUUGGAAAGCUCUUUGAUUCAUCACAUCCAGAUUUUAAGGAACUCUUGGAGAUAAACAACAGAGCUUUUACAGACACUGAAUUGAAUAGUCAGGUAUUAAUGUUAGAUAACUUCCCCAUAGCCAAAUACCUCCCAUUCAAAGCCUACGAAACAGAAAAAAAAAUGACUGAUCGACUCUUUGAGAUUCUGCGAAAUCAGCUAAGGGUGCAGGAGAAAGCAUUUGAUCCCGAAGCGGAGAUCGAGAGCCUCACUAGUAGCCUUUUGAAGGAAAAACUUGUCGCCGAAAAUGAAGUUGGCACUGGGGAGAAAGCAGCCAUCUUGUCCGACGACUACAUAAUCAACACCAUGGAAGACAUGUUCAGCGCUGGUUAUGAGACCACCAGCACUACUCUUCGUUGGGCCAUUGCUUACUUAGUUCACAAUCCCGACUGUCAAACAGAGAUUCAGAACCAGUUGGAUGAGGAGGUAGGGAGGGAUCGUAUGCCAGGUCUGGAUGAUCGCCCAAACCUUCCGCUGGUUCAGGCCACAAUCAUGGAAACACUUCGCCUCGGAAAUGUCGCUGAAACAGCUCUUCCUCAUUACACUCUGAGGGAAACCACACUUGCUGGUUACCGUAUUCCAAAAGAUACUGUGGUUUUGCCCAAUCUGAUGGCCGUUCACAUGGAUCCAAGCUGCUGGGAGGAUCCGACCAAAUUCAACCCACACCGCCAUAUUGAUGCUGAUGGCCAAGUUAUUACCAACUCUGGAAACUUUCUGCCCUUUUCUGCUGGACGCCGCGUUUGUGCUGGCGAGGCACUUGCAAAGGUACUGUUAACCGUUUUAGUACAAAGGGGCAAUUAUCUUUAGGACGCAUUUAGUACGCAAAGGACAAAAAGACCUUCGACUGCGUCUAUAUAUCUCUCCUUCCUGUCGUUCAUGUCCGUCAGCCUUAUGACAAGGUUUCCAUCUCUUUUCAGCAUUCCAAGAAGGGCACAUGUUAUUCGUUUCAUUAAAUUGCGAUAGAGGAAAGUAAUAAGGAGUGGUCCGUAUGAAAAAACAUCACUCCUCGUUGCGAGUGAUAUGGUGGAUUCAUCUUAUAUGUAUCAAGCAGAAUGCAAAUAAUAAGUGAUUAUGUUUACUUUUCUGUUCUUCUAGGUCGAGUUGUUCUUUUUCCUGUCCUGGAUGUUGCACAAGUUUACCUUCUUGCCCCAAGAGAACGGUGUUCUUCCUGACCUUAAAGGAGUCGAUGGUUUUACCCGUUUUCCGGCGCCUUACAAUAUAAGGGUAGAAAAACGUCAAUAGAAGCCUAUAAUCUUAAGCAAACGGUGUUAUAAGCAGAAUUUGACUUGAGAGCUUGUAACAAAAUAGGUCCUGAUUUGUACAAAACUGUUUGUACUAAGUUUUCCUAACGUGUAUCAUUAUAGUAGUAGCAGAAGAUUAUAGUUUAAGGGAAAAGUAUACUCAAGAAACCAUAUUAUUCUUAUUUCUUUCGUGGAAAAGUAUCCGUAUGAAAUUAUGAAACUGCCCGCAAUUUGAAAUUUCAGAAAGUGUCAUGG